AUGGUCAACCACGGUUUUCAGACCACGGUUUCGCAAGCCGUGAGACUCUUCCUUAGUGGUCGCCUACAUGAUGAGCCCGUCGUAUAUAGUUUUGCGUGGCCGGUGACUGGGUUCUACAACGGGUUUAAUGAGCUAUGUGAGGAUGAAUUGCCGCUAGCUAACAUCUUUCGCGAAAAGGCCCGUGAAGACCUUGCCAUGUGUGUCGUCGAGGGCAGAAUGGCUCAAAGGUUUUUCUUCGCUCUUGGGCCUGAGAGCUCUUUCCUAGAUAUACAGACGCUUCCGUAUAACUUCGCUGGACUCAAGCGGGCCUUCAACUUUGAAAAAUAG